AGAGCCAUAACUCGAUGCUACUCUGUUACUUUUAAAUACCACUGAGAUAUGUAUAAUAUUAUUAAUUGAGACAUAGUAGCAGUGUGGUUAUGUGGAAUAGUAAAACUAGCCUGAAGAAGAACAUUACACACCCGAUCCCGCUCCGGGCUGCUAGGAACCAUAUGAGUAGUCUAAUGUUUCCUGUCGACGCUUUAUAUGAACGGAACGAUUUCAGAGUGGAGUAAUCAACGCAAACCGUGAACCCACUGGCCAACUAUUGAUGUGGUAGUUUAUCCACAGAAACGACCAACCAUGACUUCACUGGGGAGCAGCAGUUCCCCGUCUACAGAAUACACAGUGCGAGUCCCAAAAAACACCAACAAGAAGUACAGCAUUAUGGGUUUCAAUUCAGGAGACAAGGUCAACUGUUCUGCCUGGACACAGGCUCGUAUGGAAAGAGACAUGAGUGCUCGGCGGAUAUACGGGGAGGAAGAGUCGGUGGAUGGCGCGGCUGGCAGUGAGUUUGGCAAAAAGCAGCGCGAGGAAUCACGGCGGAAGAAGUAUGGCAUUGUGAAGCGUGAGUUCAAAGUGGAGGACCAGCCCUGGAUUCUCAAGGUCAAUGGCAAGGCCGGCAAGAGGUUCAAAGGUCUAAAGAAGGGUAGUGUUACAGAAAACGCGUCCUACUACAUCUUCACACAGUGUCCCGAUGGGGCGUUUGAGGCCUUCCCCGUCAACGGCUGGUACAACUUUGUACCACAGGCCAAGCACCGAACGCUCACUGCUGAGGAGGCGGAGGAGGAGUGGGGCAGACGAAACAAGGUGGUGAAUCACUUCAGCAUCAUGCUUCAGAGACGUUUCCGGGAGCAGGAGCGCGGCUGCGAUGAUGACGACGAUGAGAACGAGAAGGGUGGGAAGAAGAAAAAGAAGGGAGGGAGAGGGGGCGACCUGCGCAUUACCGACCUGGAAGAAGACCUGGAGAUGAGCAGCAGCGACAGUAACAGCAGUAACGGGGAUGAUGGAGAGAGCAAACCAAAGAAGAAGAAAGAAACAGGGAAAGGAAAAGGGAAGAAGAAGAAGAAGAAGGGCAGUGACAAAGAGGCCUUGGAGGACAGUGAUGACGGAGACAACGAGGGUCUAGAGGUGGAUUACAUGUCGGAUGAGAGCAGUUCAGACGAGGAGCCAGAGAAGGGGAAGAUGAGCAAAGGAGAGGACCACCCCAAAGGAAUAGACGAGGCGUCUGAAAGUGAGGAAGAGAGUGAGGAGGAGAAACAGAACGAAGAGGAAACAAAAGAGGAGGAAGAAGAAGAAGAGGCGAAGACAAAAACGCCAGCUCCAGCAGAAAAGAAGAAGAAAAAAGACAGCAGCGGCGAGUCGGAAACCUCAGACGACAGCGACAUCGAGGGAGAGACGGCCUCAGCUCUGUUCAUGGGGGCGAUGUUGCAAAACAACUAG